AUGAAUUCCAUUAUUGGAUAUAAUAAAUUUCGAUUUGUUGCGGCAGCGGGGCGGAAUCUGAUCAGCCGUGCUGCUUAUUCUGGACUUGGAAGAGAAGAAAUUAUGUGGAAUUGGCCUCCAGAGAAGUUCGACAAUCAUUUUAUUGAUUAUUUGAGUCGUCCAGAGAUUGAUGGGUGGGAAGUUCGUAAAGCUUUUACUGAACUUUUCAAUUUUGACGUUAUUCCUGACCCAAAAAUCGUUACUGCUGGAUUGCGUGCUUGUCGUCGUGUGAAUGAUCUCUCUCUUGCUGUUCGCUUUCUUGAGAAUGUUAAACUUAAAUGUGGAAGUGGAAAAACUCGGAAAUUGGUUUAUCCGUAUAUUAUUCAAGAGGUGCAACCAGUUCUUGAUGAAUUGGGUAUUCCUACUCCCGAGGAUUUGGGUUAUGACAAGCCAGAAUAUUUCCAUCCGGCUUCAGAGGAGUAUUGGGAGAAAAAGUGGUAAGUAUAAAUUUAUAUAGAAGCUAUUAAUUGGAUAAGACUUUUUUUGGAAAUUAUGUGAUGAGUUUUUUGACUUUACAUAACUGAGGUUGAAUUUAACUAUAUAAAUUAGGAAGG